AUGCUGCGUGUGUGGUGGGCCGACUUCGGAGACGACCAUCGUGACUUUCACGAGGUGGCUCCUCAGCUUCCAGCACUCCGAUCGUUCACUGUCGACUGUACCGACGGCCUCCCGCGAAUGGCUUGUCUGUUGCAAGCAUUCCCCGCACUGGACGACACCCUAUCCUUCAAUCAAGCCGAGGUAGCGUCAUGGUGGCCACUGGACGAUCGCCUGAACCUCGUUAGAGAUGAGAACAAGCGAGCUCAGGAGUCCCAUUGUUGGGCAGGCCUCGAUCGUGUUUCCUGCGAGGCACGUGUUUUCGUCAUUCUUGGUCUCAUGUGCCCCAUACGCCAUGCAGAUGUUGUCGAUUGCUCGACCCUAACCAGGGAUUCUGUGGCGACUGCCCUGCGCGACAACCCUCCUCGUCGGCUCACCCUUAGUGUAGAACUCGAGCGUGGUCCGUCGGUACUCCACGGGCUGUUCCCGUCUGAGCUGGAGCCUACGCUUACCCACCUCGUGGUCACCCUGCGCUGCGCCGAGGGUGAUGACCGCAGGGGCCCCCCGGACUUCGACUUUCUCGCGAGAGUCCAGCUGGACGAGUUGCUUGACAUGUUCCUUCACUCCAUCGCGCGUCUGUGCCCGAGGUGGAUCCGUCUCAGCUUUUACAGCCACUCUGACUCUCGCGCCGAGUUCUGAGAGACAUUCGUGCGAAUCGUGCGACAUCUGCCGUUCGAGGAGGUAGCAUCACGGCUAGCUUCUUCGAUACCCUCGUUGAGG